UUCCUCGUAAAACCCUUGCCUCCAAAAUUCCACGGACAAACUUCUUCCGCCACUGACGCAGUUAUCGCCUCUCUCUCCCCGCCGUUGUUUUGGUAAAACCCUAACCAUGGAAUCGAAGCUUAGUUUUCCGGCGGAUAGUCCACCUCUCGCCGUCAUUGUGGCGGCCAAAAUCGCCGGUGUGCCGUUAUCUACUGACCCGACCUUGUCUUCCGGUUCUCCUCCCACUCUACUCCUCCCCAGCGGAUUGAAGCUUCAAGGACUAAAUGUACUGCUGCGAUACAUCGGUCGUGCAGGAAACAUUCCCAAAUUCUACGAUAGGGAUGCGGUUGAGUCUAGCCAGAUUGACCAAUGGAUAGAAUAUGCGGCUGUUUUCGCUUCUGGUUCUGAGUUCGAAGGAGCAUGUGGAUAUGUUGAUGGGUAUCUGCUCCAGCGCACAUUCUUGGUUGGUGUUGAUUUGUCAAUUGCCGAUGUAGCCAUCUGGUCAGCUCUUGCAGGAACUGGACAAAGAUGGCAAAGUUUGCGAAACUCUAAAAAGUACCAGAACCUAGUUCGAUGGUUUAAUUCGAUACAUGCAGAAUAUGAUGCUGUUCUGAGCAAAGUGACUGCAAUGUAUACUAGCAAAAAAGGUUUGGGGACACAAACUGUUUCAAAACCCAAAGAGCAACAGAUUUCUAGUGCACAGUCCGGUAAUGGGAACUCUGCUGUAAAUGAAAAGGGAAUUGGAGGGACCCGGCAAACUUUUGAAGUAAAUCUUCCAGGGGCGGAGGUUGGAAAGGUACGGGUGCGCUUCGCUCCAGAGCCAAGCGGCUAUCUUCACAUUGGCCACUCAAAAGCGGCUCUCUUAAAUAAGUAUUUUGCCGAAAGGUACGAAGGGAAGCUGAUUGUACGCUUUGAUGAUACAAAUCCUGAUAAAGAAAGCAGUGAAUUUGUCGAUAAUCUUCUAAAAGAUAUAGAUACGCUGGGGAUCAAAUAUGAGACUGUUACAUAUACAUCUGAUUAUUUUUCUGAGAUGAUGAAAAAGGCUGAGGAUUUGAUCCUUCAGGGUAAAGCGUAUGUUGACAACACAUCUCGUGAACAAAUGCAGAAGGAACGGAUGGAUGGUAUAGAAUCCCGGUGUAGAAAUAAUUCAGUGGAGGAGAACCUUAGAUUAUGGAAAGAAAUGGUUUCUGGAUCUGAGGAAGGUUUGAAAUGUUGUGUGAGAGGCAAAUUAAACAUGCAGGAUCCAAACAAGUCCUUGAGGGAUCCAGUAUACUACCGCUGCAACCUCACUCCGCAUCACAAGAUCGGCUCCAAGUACAAAGUCUACCCCACAUAUGAUUUUGCCUGUCCUUUUGUUGAUGCUAUUGAAGGUAUCACGCAUGCCCUUCGUUCCAGUGAGUAUCAUGAUCGUAAUGAUCAAUACCACUGGAUUCAGAAGGAUAUGGGAUUUCCAAAGGUCCACAUAUAUGAAUUCAGCCGGGUGAAUUUGGUCUACACGCUUCUUAGCAAGCGUAAGUUGCUGUGGUUUGUCCAAAAUGGAAAGGUUGAUGGGUGGGAUGAUCCCCGCUUCCCUACUGUUCAAGGAAUAGUACGUAGGGGACUGAAGAUCGAAGCAUUGAUUCAGUUCAUGCUGGAACAGGGGGCGUCAAAGAAUCUCAAUCUUAUGGAAUGGGAUAAACUUUGGGCCAUCAAUAAAAAAAUUAUCGAUCCAGUGUGUCCCAGGCAUACGGCAAUUACUGAACACAGAAGAGUUUUGUUGACACUGACAAAUGGCCCCGAGGAUUCUUUUGUCAGGAUCAUACCUAAGCAUAAAAAGUUUGAAGGUGCAGGUGACAAAGCUACUACUUACAUGAGGAGAAUAUGGAUUGAACAAGAGGAUGCACAAUUGAUCUCCGCCAAUGAGGAAGUGACCUUGAUGGAUUGGGGAAAUGCCGUGAUAAACCAGAUUGAGAAGGAUCAGGAGGGCUAUGUGACCCAACUUACCGGGGUUUUGCAUCUUGAGGGGUCUGUUAAGACCACAAAGUUGAAGCUGACAUGGUUGCCAGAUAGCAACGAGCUUGUUACUCUCUCAUUGGUUGAUUUUGAUUACUUGAUCACAAAGAAGAAGGUAAGAACUCGUUAAAUCCAUUCGAUUAUGUGGUAUCUAAACCUUUUCCUUGGAUAAAAACUAAAAUGUAUUACCAAGUACGCUGUUCUUACUAAUGACAUCAGGUCUUCUUGUUAUAUUGUAUUGUUGGCUUGGGAAUUUGCAAGUAUAUGUUCUGAAUAUUCAUGUCCCCGGAAAAAUUGCAUUUGUAUCAUACUCUAGCAUGCCAUAUAUAAUUACUGGGGAUGGAGAUUUUAGCAUAUUAGGCCUUCAAUUUCUGAAGACAAAUCCGAGGGAUCGUGAAUCAAGUUUGCUCUUGUAUUCCUCGGGUUGUGAUUUACUUCAACAAUUUUACUCCCCCAAAACUAAACAAAACAAAGCAAGAAAAUGUUUUAUGCAUUGUCUUCAUUUCUCCCGCUCUAAAACCCUCUGGUUCUUGCAUUAGCAUUGUGCAGCCUUUUCAGAUGGGCAUCCAAUUAAUGGUGUACUUCAGCACCUGAUAUCAUAUAACCACUGAGAGAUUGAUCUUUAUGCAACAUUUUUCCAUGAGUUCAAUUUACUUUGUGAUAAUCUUCUACUUCAUUUUCUACUCUGUCUUAAGUUUUCUAGACUACCCAUGUCAGCUCAAUGUUGUGCGUUUCAUAUUUUUGUGUGUGGUUUCAUCAACUCGUGCUUAAUUUCUUUAAUAUCCUGCUUGAAUAGUUUUGCUGAAUUUUCACUGAACUGUAGCUGGACUUGAGUUUCUGUUCCGUUUGAUUUUGAAUUUUAGCUCGAGGAGGAUGAGGAUUUUGUGGAUGUUGUCAAUCCAUGCACCAAAAUGGAGACCGCUGCACUUGGGGACUCCAACAUGAGGAACUUGCAGCGUGGUGACAUAAUUCAGCUGGAGAGAAAAGGGUACUACAGAUGCGAUGUCCCCUUGAUAAGAACAUCCAAGCCCAUAGUUCUGUUUGCUAUCCCAGAUGGCAAACAGACGUCAGUAAUGAAGUUCAAAAACACAUAAUUCAAACAUCUUUUUUUGUGUAUUAAUAUUUUGUGCAAUUGUAGACGAUAAUUGCGACAUGUAUUUUGCCCUUGUUCAAUGCACAUGACAAUCGAGAUUUAACUUCAGGAUUCUCUAACUUUCAUCAAUUGCUACUGUCGCUCUAGCUUUUGCCUAAUUUAUGAACCUGUGGAAGGAUUUGAGAUGGUUUCGGA